UUUAAUUGAUUGUGAUGCCACUACCUGCCCAUUCCCCACUGGACAGGAGUUCAGCAGUGUGUUAAAGCCAUGGACAUGGCCAAACCAAUCCCAGAGUCUCAUUUAGUCUGUCUCUCUUGGCAGCACCCUUGGUACCAAUCCUGUAUCUGUCAAGAUCUAGUCCAGAAACGAGAAACCUACCAGGUGUAAUUGUUAUAGGGAAUUCUUGACAAGGUGUUAGAGAACUGAAAAGAUAGAAAGGGCACCUUGAGGUACACAGAGGUCUGAGUUGCCAGAAGGAGCUCCACGCUAAGAAGGGGGGAGCAAAGGGAAGAGGUUGGGGUCAUCAUAACCUAGAAACUCUCAUAGUGGUCCUCAUCGAUCUGGACCUGGACUCUAGAAGACAGGGCGUUGCCCAGCUGAUGCUGGCAAUUUAGAAACUCAGAAAAGGGAACUGUGCAGCUGAAAGCUGUACCUCUUCUAAGGCCUUGAUGGAGCUGGUCCUGGGACUGUGGUAACCAACUCUCACCACCAGAGCCAGGCACCAUUGCUGGAGAUUCACAAAAAGUAACAACAGCACUGCAGCUCUGAUGAUCCAGCCCUGCUAGGACACAGAUCCAUAAAGGUCAGCCCCACACCCUGAGCAGCUCAGACUCGGGAGGAGCCAGACCAGCAGUGCCUCAUGCCCUGCUUUUCUGCUCUGGACAGAUGGCUCCAUAACGACAGCUCCAUAAUGGCAGUGGGUGAGACCCUGGUGCACAUCAGGGUCACUCUCCUGCUGCUCUGGUGUGGGGUGUCUGUGUCCAUUUCUGGAUGCUCUCAAUCCAGGCCCUCCCAGCACCACUUCUCCCCAGAAUUGGUGAUCCCCUUGAAGGUGACUGGCAGCAGCAGAGGUGCAGAGGCUCCUGGCUGGCUCUACUACAGCCUGCGGUUUGGGGGCCAGAGACACAUUGUCCACUUGAAGGUCAAGAAACUCUUGGUUUCCAGACAUCUGCCGGUGUUCACCUACACAGACCAGGGUGCCCUCCACCAGGAUCAGCCUUUUGUUCCUGAUGACUGCUACUAUCAUGGUUAUGUGGAGGGGGUCCCCGAGUCCCUGGUUGCCCUCAGUACCUGUUCUGGGGGCUUUCGAGGAAUGCUACAGAUAAAUGACCUUGCUUAUGAAAUCGAGCCAAUUAGGUUUUCUGCCACAUUUGAACACCUGGUCUACAAGAUAGACAACGAUGAUACACACUUCCCACCCAUGAGAUGUGGGUUAACAGAAGAGGAAAUAGCACGCCAAUUGAAGAUGCAAGAGUCGUAUAAUUCCACUCUGAUGCAAAGUUCUUAUACAGGCUGGUGGACUCACUUGCGGUUUCUUGAGCUGGUAGUGGUCGUAGACCAUCUUCGAUACGUUCACUCUGAAAGUAAUGUGUCAGUAGUGCAGUACGAAAUAUUUAAUGUCGUCAAUAUAAUGGAUAUCCUCUAUCGACCUCUCGAGCUUGAUGUAAUUUUGACUGGGAUGGAGAUCUGGAAUGAAGGAAACCCAGUUGCCACAGAUGACAUAGAUAAGCUUGUGAUUGAUUUUGCUGUUUGGAAGUCUUUUCAACUUGAGGCCCGACUGCCACAUGAUGCUGCCCAUCUUUUCAUAAAAAAAUCAUUUGGCAUAAAGCUUGGUGUUGCCUACGUUGGAGGAAUAUGCCAGAGUCCUUUUAAUUCUGGAGUUGAUGUUUUCGAAGAUGAAAGUCUGUUUUCUUUUGCACUUGUUGUGUCCCAUGAGCUUGGUCAUAAUUUGGGUAUGGAGCAUGAUGAUCAAUGGUGUGUGUGUGCACUUCAGUGGUGCAUAAUGUAUCCCUCCAGACAGGUUACAAAUAAAUUCAGCAACUGCAGUUAUGCCCAGUAUUGGGACAAUACUUUCCGCACUGGAUUAUGUAUUCACCCUCCUCCACGUCCAGGGAAUAUCUUUAGGGUGAAGUUUUGUGGGAACCUAGUGGUUGAAGAAGGAGAGGAGUGUGACUGUGGGACCACACACCAGUGUGUAAAUGAUCCCUGUUGUCUACUGAACUGCACUCUGAAGUCUGGAGCUGCUUGUGCUUUUGGGCUUUGUUGCAAAGACUGCAAGAUGAUGCCAUCAGGGACUUUGUGCCGACAACAGAUCGGUGAAUGUGACCUUCCAGAGUGGUGCAAUGGGACAUCCCAUCAGUGCCCAGACGACGUAUAUGUGCAGGAUGGGAUUCCCUGUAGUGACGGUGCCUACUGCUAUCAAAAGAGCUGUAAUAACCAUGACGGACAGUGCAGGGAGAUUUUUGGUAAAGAUGCAAGGAGUGCAUCUCAGAAUUGCUACCAGGAAAUCAACACCCAAGGAAAUCGAUUUGGUCACUGUGAUAUAAAAGGCACAGUAUACGUAAAAUGUAAUCCCUCUGAUAUCCUGUGUGGCAGAAUUCAAUGUGAAAAUGUGGGAGUAAUUCCUAAACUGAUAGGACAUUCUACAGUGCAUCAGGUUCACUUCAAUAACACCACUUGCUGGGGCACCGAUUAUCAUUUAGGGAUGUCCAUACCUGAUAUUGGUCAAGUGAAAGAUGGCACAGUGUGUGGUCCAGAAAAGAUGUGCAUCCGCAAGCAGUGUGUCGAUAUGGUUUUUCCUUCCCAUGACUGUAAGCCUGAGACCUGCAGCAUGAAGGGAGUCUGCAAUAAUAAACAGCACUGCCACUGCAACCGUGGAUGGGCACCUCCGUACUGCGAGCACAAAGGCAAUGGAGGCAGUGAUGAUAGCGGCCCACCUCCUAAGUACCAGAUGGAAGAGUGUAAUGGCUGA